AGGAGUCAGAGGCUGAAGAAAAGCGAUCGCAUCUGUCUGAGCUGGGAACUCUUCGACACAAACGACAACAGCAACCAAUUGCUCCUUUUCGUGAUGCUCUCUAAGCGCAACUUUGCUACUCUGCUCUCCAUCGCCAUCGGCCUAGCGCUUCUUGGCAACCACUUCGCCGAAGCGGCUCCCCGUGGACACAGUGACAUAAAUGACCACGACGAACUCACUGAGCUCGACUCCCCUGGCCUUGAACGCAGGGACAUUCACCCCCAUCAUCUGAGCCACAGUCACAUGCUUAGCCCGCACAAGAUGAUGCAGCGCCGGGCUUUCGAAACUACCCUGCCGCUUCCUCUGCCCCCUCAGGCUCACCGCUACCACAACGUGGUCAUCCCUCAAAACGAGCCCACCGCGGUCGUCCAGCUGGGUGGCCUCGGCCGUCUGCCCGUUCACAAUCACGGCCACAGCCAUGACCAUCGCCACUCUGAUGACAGCGACGAUGACAGCGACGAUGACAGUGAUGAUGGCAGCGAUGACGAUGACAGUGACGACGACUACGAUGAUGACGAUGACGACGAUGACGACGACGAUAGUGACGAGGACAACGACGAGGCUAGGGACAUGGAAGAGCUGCGCCGUCUCAUCAACCUUGACGAGCAGGUCGAGCACAAGCAUGAAGCCCUUGAAGAUGCCAUGAAGGAGCAAGCCCAGCUCGACGACUAUCUUGACAAUCAGAUCGCUGACGAGCUCUCCCACGGUGCCGCCUCGAACAACCAUAGCCAUCACCAUCAUCAUGAUCACCACCAUCACCACGACAAUCACGACAACCACAAGAAGUCCCGGGUUCGUGUUGUUCGCCGCCGCCGCCUUACUCAUGACGACAGCGAGGAGAAGCCCUACAAAGUGUUCUCUCUUUCUUCUUAAAAGCAUCGCGUAGACCGUGUAACUGUAACUAUGAGAGACUUAGUUCGGUUGAAAUAGAGGGUCGAAAGACGCAGAAGAAAGACGAUGACAGCAUUGAAUAAGCAAAGUGUUCUCGUCUACACGAGGCCGUCGUACAGCGAGAGGGCCUGAACGAUAGUGGGGUCCUUCUUUGACCUGCAAGG